GCCGAGUUAUGAGCAAUUCUAGCAAAACGACUAAAAGUCGCCAUUUUUCUUGAUUGCACUCACGUGAUCUUUCACCGUCACCAUGGCAACUAAAGAAAAACAUUGCACAUGGCUUAAAUGCACUGAAACAAGUAUAGAAAAUGUCUCACUUAUAUUAUAACAAUCAGUGGCACUCGGCCCAGCGGGGACUGGAGGACCUUCUUGCCAUUGAGAAACCCAAAGAACCAGUGAAGCCUGAAAAGGAUAAAGUUGCUGCAUUUCAGAAAGUGGCUACAAUGUACGUUAAGUAUAUUCAGAUAUUUAGGAGUCUUGAAGAAUGUUACGAUCAGAUAACGCAUCCUCAAAAGCGUCGCCUGGUCCGUCAUGUACUGGAUGGAACUAUCGGCAGGAUUUUAGAAUUAAAAGGUGAAAUGGUUGGAUUAGAAUUGUUGGAGUAUCAAUAUUUCGAUGAUAUUUUAACCGACAUGAAGCUAACGCCAUCUGAUAUAGAGAUCCCCAUACCACGUUAUUUUAUAAUGGAGAACUACAGAGAACUCAAGGAAAGGGAGAAGAUCCUUGGUUCAGUACUAGCUAAAAUGGGACCAGCAGAAACAGAAGUCAAAGAAGAUAUUGAUAUGACAACUGAAGAAGCUAUCAAGCUCAUACAGAUUCAUGAGAGAGCCAGGCAAGGAAGACUAAGAGCAAAACUGAUGAAAGGAAUUAGAGCUCAGGAGGAGAGAGAGAGAGAAGCACAACUGAGAGGACCUCCUAAGCUAAGCAGAGAUGAAGCUGCCACCAGAAUACAAAAAGUAUGGAAAGGAUUCUCUCAAAGGAAAAGGAUUGUAGACAUGAGGAAUGAAGAAAUGCUCUUCCUUGGAAUGGUACCUCCUCCUCUGCCUAAGUCUCAGAAACACUCUGUAAUAGGACAAUCAAAGAAAAUAGAGGAUAAAAGGAGAUUAGCUCAAGAGCAAUAUGAAAAAGAUUAUCAAGAAGCCCUGAUCAGUAUCAAGGAGAGACUGAUAGAAGCUGAAGGACCUGAUAUGAAGGAACAAAUGCAGGAUCAGAUCAGGCAAUGGUUCAUUGAAGUUAGAGAUGCUACUGGUAAAUUUCCUGACUAUCCUGAUGAAGAUGCUGGGGGUUCGGCAGCCAUUUUUAAACAGAGGGAGGAGCCAGAUCCUAAUGAAGAUAACGAUGGAGGCAAAAAGAAGAAAGGUAAAAAAGGCAAGAAGGGGAAAGAAAAAGGCAAAAAGGGAAAGAAAGGAAAGAAAGGAAAAAAGGGAAAAGGAGAAGAAGAAGAGGAAGGCUUCCAAUUGGCACCGUCAAAUUUUAUCCCCACGAUAUCCGAGGGGUCCAGUAACUAUGUUGAUGUAUGGAUGGGCCGAUCUGAAGCUCACAACUUUCAACAGAGACACGACUCGGAGCUAAUUAAGGCUCGGAAGAGGGUGGAGAUUGAGGCUGAGAUUAGGAUCAGGGUCGAUGAGCUUAUGAGAGAAGAAUUGAAGAAUUUGAAACUAGCUAUUGAGAAGGAUAAAGGUAAAGGUAAAAAAGGAGGGAAGAAGGGAAAGAAAGGGAAAAAAGGAAAGAAAGGAAAAGGGAAAAAGAAAAAAGGAGAGAAAGACCUUACGCCCGACAGAACUAUUGAAAGUCUUUAUGAAGAAUUGGCAGGAGAAGGUGUUGUAAUGAAAUGUCCAAAAUAUCAUCUAUCAGAUUAUAUUGGGGACUUUAGUUAUUUAGCUACCACACUGCGUCAGAUGCCUGUGGAUCCUAACAACACAGACAAGAAUGCAGAGAAGAUUGAGCCAAUGCCUUCACUAGCUGACAUUAAGAGAGUCGUAACUGAACACUGUAUACUACCACUAGGGUCACAGGCAGCUCAUGAGAAGGCUCCACACAUCAAGUCAGUGAUGAUAACUGGUCCCAGAUUAUUUUAUGUACUAUCAGUGCAGUGGAAGAGUCUUAUACUGAAACAUGGCGGUCAUGUUACUGAUGGAUUUGACAUGAGCUCAUUAGCUAAAGUAUCAGACGGAUACACUCCAGGACACAUGAUCACUGCAAUAACACAAGUACUCACUGAAAGAAGAAUACAACAACUUCGUAAACGUCCAUUGACUACAGCAGAAUUUAUUCCUUUUCUUGCUAAAAUUGAUCCGAUUUAUAGAGAAGAAGAGGAAGCAUACAAAGCUUGGUUUAACAAGACUCCUCUUGGAAAGAAGAGAGCUAAAGCUAUCAAAGAAGCAAUGGGAGAGGAUGAUGGAGGAGGAGGGAAGAAAGGGAAGGGAAAGGGGAAAGGAAAAGGAAAAAAGAAAAAGAAAUAAACACAAAAAUACAAAAUACACUUAUUAACUGUAUUAUUGUCUUUAAUUACACAUGUACAUGUACAAUGCACAUCAUGUAUUGAUAAUGAAUUCCUGAUGCGUGGGCGGGUAUCAAUGAAUCUAA